GGCGAAGAAAGAUGAGGAAGAUGGCCUGGAAUCUGCGGUGCUGACCACUUCGGUGGAUGCCCCUCAAGGACGCGCGCACUAUGUGCGCUUGAACCUGAUCCGGGUGGAGGACCUGCAGGACCAGGGCGGCGCGCCCAGCCCCUACGUCACGGUGGAGUUCGCGGGGUGCUUGGUGAAGACUUCCAUCGGCAGAAAUGUGAAGCAGUACACCUUCAACGAGUGCCUGCAGAUACCGGUUGUCACCCCUGUUUAUGAGGACACCAUCAUUCUCAAGCUGUGGACCUGCAAUUGGUUUUCACCCGACGAGCUGAUGGCACAGGGCCUCUUUUCCUUCAGCGAGCUCAACAGUCAUCCGUUGCCGCCUCGCUGGUUCAACCUCUAUGGCUGGGAUUCAGCAGAGGCCGACCUGCAAGCCUCUGGUGACAAGGAGCCGAACGCGCACAUCUUCAAAGGUCGCCUCCUUUUGUCGGGGAGCGUCGAGCCGUUGGAUCCCGAAGAGGAGCUCCAACCCGCGAAGUCCGUGCCCGCGCGGCUCGAGAACGAGCCGGCCAUGGUACAGAUCUCCAUCUUGGCAGACGUGUACAUGGUCACCGGCGCAGAAGGUCGGCAGUGUCAGGUGGAGAUAGGAUUCGGCUCGAAAAGCAGCACUACGAAGUGGGUUUCGUAUGACACUGAGCAACUACAGGAUCCAUCAGAAGGCCGUGAUGAGUUUGAGGACAGCAACCUCCAAGGAGAUGCGCUGGGCAUGCAGACGUUUAGCUUCAGCGAGCGAGCGGGGCGGGUGGAGACACUGGUCCAGAUGACUCCUGAAGACCGGCAAUCGCAGCCCUGCCUCACCAUCACCUUGUUCACCUCCGGGUACUUGCAAGGCCCUCAGCGCGUGGCCAGCACCAAGUGCAGCAUCUCCGAGUUCCCGGAGUGCGACCCCUACGAGCCGGUGAAGCCGCGCUCCAUCCCGCUGCAGGCUGUGAAGGACGGGUUCAGCCCAUCCAUUCUGCUGGCUGUGAAGACCACGCGCAAGAAUGCGGAUGACGCGCGGUGCGUGCGGAAGCCGGUGAAGCCCAUGGUGUACCUGCUGCGGGCCUACUGCUUCGGCGCGCGGCGGCUGCAGCACAGCGCCCUGCGCCACGACGCGGAGGCCGGGGACAUCGGGCUGACGGUGAGCUGCGGUGGCACCUCCAAGCGCACCGAGGCGGUGCCCGGGCCCAGGCCCCAGUGGAUGCAGCCGGUGGAGCUGAAGAUUCUGCUGUGCUCGGACUCCACCCGAGAGGCGCCGGCCACGGAGCCCGUGACGGUGAGCCUCUGGCAGGGCGGGCAAGUGACCAACACCGACCUGGGGAAGGCCGUGUGCGUCUACUCGCACAUGCGUAGGAAGGACGAGGGUGGGCGGUGGGAGCCCUACCACCUCACGCCCCAGUGGAUCAAGCUUUUCGGAGACCAAGGUGGGGGCCAGCACGUGGGCUCCGUUCUGAUCGCCUUCGAGCUGAUGCUCUUCAAGCACCGCCACGAGCCGCCGCUGGCGCCGAGAGGCAUGUGGCCCGAGCCGCCCGAGACCUUCAGUAGGAUGAGCUUUUGCCGGCUGCGGCGGGCCACCCUCCACUUCUCGCUGCUGGGCCUUCGGGACAUGCUGCCCAUCCCGCGGCUCCAGUCGCUGGGCGCGGCGGGGGGCACCGUGCACAUCUCCAAUCCCGUGGUCUCGGUGGAGGUGAGCUCCUUCUUGGAGUCGGGCACAGGCGCAGACCCCAAGCGCCGGAGCUUGGAGUUCCGCCUCGGGGAGGGGCAUCACAUGGAUCACAACAAGAAGAUGAAGCCCUGGAUCUCGAACGCGAAAUCUCUGGGCACGGAGGCCAUGAACUUCGACUUUUUGCAGGCGGGGAAGCUGCACUGCUUCCUGCCGGAGAAGGGGCUGCUGGAGCCCUACUUGGUGAUCCGCGUCACGCAACCCCCCAGCUCCAUGGGGGCCUCGGUGGGCUACGGCGCGUACUCUGUGGGGGAGGUGCUGGUCACCUUGGAGGACAAGCUGCCUUGCUGUUGGUUGGAGGGCGUGACUUUGAGCAAGUCCUACGAGGCCCAGCAGGCGCACAUUGCGCAGCUGGCCAGGAAGUCCCAGGACAGAGCGGUCGACAAGGAGAAAUUCCAGCAGUCGAGCGACGAAGAGCUGCGGAGGGAGAUGGAGAGGCGGCGCAAGGAGGAGCCGCGGCCGCCCAUCGUCGACGCAGAUGAGCCCUUCAUCGACCCCGCCGGGUUGCCGCAGCCCCUGCGGGAGGGGCUGCGCCGGCCGGCUCCCACCAUGCCCUGCCGGAGCCUGAACAUGCAGCAGCCGGCCUCGUUCUCCCCGCGGCCGGGGGCGAUGGUGAAGUCAGUCCAAGCCCGGAAGGCCGUGCAGGGCAAGUUGGAGGAUUGCAGCGAUGAGCUCUUUCAGAGCGACUUUUGGUUCAAGUCCCUUCGCCUCAGCAGGAACCAGGACGUGCUUCCUCGGCACGACACCCGUGACUGGAACUACCGCCCAGGUGAGAGCUUUGGCUUUGUGAAGUGUGAGUUCAAGCUCGUGGAUGGCUGGGAUGGCACCGGGAAGGACUCUGACGAUGGCGACAUGGACGACGACGACGACGUCUCCACCACGGGGGAGAUGUCAGGUGCAGCGCUGGCCGUGGGGGGAACAGUUAGUGAGGUGGACGAAGGGGACCAGGCCUCGGAGGACUGGAGGUUGAAGUCCUCCUUUGGGCUGGAUCCCACGCUGAACAGCUUCGCCUUCUCCAAUGACGCCAUGUUCGAGCGCUACCGGGACCCCGAGCACAUUCCUCCACGGAUCCGCGCCCGGCUCUACUUUGUGAAAGCCGUGUGCAUCGACGCGGGCAGCGGACUGCCCAACCCAUACUUGGACAUCCAAGUGGGGGAGCACUCGAUCUCCAUGAGGAAUAUGUGUCAAAUGCAGACCAACACACCGGACUUUCAUCGAAUCGAAGCCCGCGACAUUCAAUUUCCUCACGAUUCUCGGUUGGAGGUCACCGUGAAAUCCCUCGAGGACCUGGCGCUCUCGGAUCGGGUGAUCGGAGGUACAGUGAUCGAUUUGGAAGAUCGAUGGCACUCCCGACAUUGGCAGGAGGUGAACAGGCUUCAACUGGUGCCGAUCGAGAAUAGGCCCUUGUAUUCUUCGGAAUAUCCAGGGACCAAUCGCGGGAGCAUCGAGAUGUGGGUGGAGAUGAUUGACUCGGCCGAUGCCUCCUCUGUGAAGCCGUCGACUCUGGCCAGACCGCCCCAGACAGAGCUCGAAGUUCGUCUGGUGAUAUGGGCCGCCAGCGGCGUGAAGCUGAUGAACGAAGAAUCCACGAACGUGCAGAUCAAGACUCAGCUGGACUGCAAGGAAUAUGAGGGUCAGUACAGCGCAUAUCAAGAGACAGAUGUUCACUUCAACUCCCAGGAUGGCAAAGCCGUGUUCAACUGGCGCAUGGUGUAUCCGAGAAUCAAGAUGCCAACCACAUCAUGCACUCUGUCGGUGAGCCUCCACCAUCAUGAGAUGAUGGGUUCGACUUUCCUGGGGAGCUUCGAUCUGGAGCUCAAGAAGUACUUAGAAAGGGUCGCUCGGGACUUGGAUGCAGUGACCAUUGGCCCCAGCGACAUCAAGUGCUGGGGGCAUGAGGAGGAGGAGGAGGAAGUCGCUGUGGGCUCCGUGACAAUGACGCUGUACGUCUUGACACAAGCCGAGGCGCAGAGCACCCGUGCGGGCAUCGCGCGGGAGGAGCCCAACGAGAAUCCCCAGCUUCUCACGCCCACGGAAGGCAGAGACUGGGGAACUUACUUGUCCUCCUUUGGACUUGCCUGGCCAGACUUCGGUCUUUGGAAGAAGAUGAUUCCGCUCAUGAUCGCCCUGGUGAUAUUUUUGAUUGCUGUCAUCGUGCUGCGGCAGAUCGGCAUCCUUUGAGUGUCUGAAACGGCGGGAGUUCUCGAAAAGGAAGGCUGCGGUCAUGGAUUUGCUGGCGUCAUCAAGCCCCGGGCAGACAGCCCGUUUUGCGUCUCACCAUGCUCUCCUUGUACAUAGCUGCCUGAGCAAGUGCCAACUUGCACUCGCUGGCAUAACCGGACCCCCGGGCCUCGAAGCGACUCGGGGG